AUGAAGCCUUUACCAGCUAGCAGAUGGUCUUAUUCUCUUUUCAAAGAUUUUUAUACCAUAUUUACUCUUAUGUUCUCUGGCGCAACAUGGAGCUAUGCUCUUCUUGCAGCUGUUUUCAUCAUUUCAGCAGGAAAUGAGUUCAUUAACUACAGAUCUGGUAAUAUAAUAGGUAAAUUCUAUGGAGCUUUAUUGGAUCAUGAUGAAAAAGCUUUUUGGAAAACAUUCUAUAAAGCAUCAAUUCUCUAUAUUGGACAGACAUUGAUGAUUGCAACAUUCACAUUUCUGUCAUGGAUUCUUUCAUAUUUUUUACGAAAAAAUUUGGUUAAAAAACUACAUGAAAUGUAUUUUUCGCGAAAAGCGUAUUUUCAUCUCUGCCACGAUAAUAUAAAAUUCAUUGAUAACCCAGAUCAAAGAAUAUCUCAAGAUGCUGAAAAACUCACAACAAUUUUUGGUCAAUCAAUCGUUCCCUAUGUCAUUGUAGCUCCAGCUGUUAUUGCAUUCUACACAUAUAAGACCUGGAAAACAGCUGGUGGAAUAUCUGUCGCUUGUAUAUACGGCUAUUUCGUUAUCGGAUUCAUCGCAAACCGUAUUAUGGCUAUACCUAUUACUAGAUGGACAAGACGACAAGAAAAGGCUGAAGGAAACUUCAGAUUCAAACAUAUGUCUGUACGUGAUAACGCUGAAGAGUCAGCAUUUUAUGACGCGGGUGAAUUCGAAAAAACUGAGUCAAACAAAAUUCUGGAUGUGUUGAUACUAACCUUAGAAAGAUAUGCCUGGUGGAAAUAUCCUGCUCAAUGGUUCCAACUGUUCUUUGAUUAUUAUGGAGGUGUGCUGACAUAUCUGAUUCAAUUCAUUCCUGUCUUCAUCAUGAACUCAUACAGUGACUAUACUCCCGGAAAGUUGACAACCCAGAUCAGUAAUAAUGCUUUCGUUUUCAUUUAUCUCAUAAACAGUUUCACUAGAUUAACUGAUUUAGCAAUGAAUAUUGGGGAAAUGGCGGCAUAUACUAUCAGAAUCGGAGAAUUUGUAUCUUUCUGUCGCGCUGUUACCGAUGAAGACAACACCGUAGCUAAACUAAAUGAAAAAGAACCUAUUUUAUAUAAAUUGGAUAAUGUUAAUAUCUAUGCUCAGGGUGCACCGAAGACAGAAGUUUCCAAUCUCACUGUACAAUUCGAGGCAAGAAAAAAUAUUCUUUUGACUGGGUCAAGUGGUUCUGGUAAAACUUCCUUGUUGAGAAUACUCAAAGGGUUAUGGAAACCUCAAUCAGGAACGAUUCAUUCGGCUAUAUCUUCAAAAGAAGUAAUGUUUUUACCUCAAAACUGCUAUUUACCAACUGGAGGAUUAUCUUUGAUGGACCAACUACUCUUCCCACUUCAUACAAAAACUAUGGAGAAUAUACCAGACAUCAAUACCAUCACGGAAAUCCUUGUCAGCUUACAAUUAGAGAAACUGAUUUCACUUUGUGGAAAUAUCACAGAUGAGGUUGACUUUGAAUGGAAGGAUGUGUUAUCACCAGGAGAACAGCAGCGGCUCUCUUUAGCCAGAGCUCUUAUUCACAGACCAGCAGUUGUAAUAAUGGAUGAAGGAACGUCAAGUGUAAGCGAAGAUAUGGAGAAGAGAAUGUAUAGUAUGCUCAAAAAGAAUGGUAUCAAUUAUAUUUCUACCGGUCAUCGUGGAACAUUAUUAGAAUACCAUGAUCUAGAAUUAUCUUUGGAUAACAGAAGUGUAUGGAAGCUGAGUGAAAUUCGCAAAGGAAAAUAUUCAGAACAAUUUUGA